AUGGCUAUGGGGCCCCCUUUUCUCACGCUAACAAACAAAAGCUGCAAAUGGGCUGAUGUAAUCAUGGCCUGCGCCACACAACAACGUACUUGUUAUCGCCCCGUAACUUCCGUAUGCCCCCCCCCGGUAUCCGCGGCUUACCUGACCGGUGAGAAUCUUCCACUCGUUCCGAAAUCCAUAUUUGUAGCCCCGAAGCUUUCGGGCACCCUUGACGUUCUAUAUUCCCCGAAAAACGGCCUCCGUGUCCGAUGGUGGGCAGAUUUUCCAACUUGUGGUUCCCCCAACAGCCCAGCCGAACAAAUGCCAUGCGGGCAGCUUGACCGGCGACGUGUCGGGCACCGCUGUGCACCUUGCAAAAAGUCGCAUAUCAAGUGCGAUGGUGGCCGCCCUUGUUCAAGCUGUGUUACACGCGGCUCCGAGUGCACCACUUCCAAGGCCUCGUCGAACUUCCUGUUCGUGCCUCAAGGGGGUCCUUCCAGAAUCCCCAGAACCUUGAUACAGGACUCAUGGCGGUACAUCAGUACAUACUUCCAGGCGAUGGGCUCUCUCAUGCAAGCAUCUGUCUUACGGGGCGCUGCCGUGAUAGCCUUGUCUCAUGAAGACGAGAAUGUCAGCCGCACUUUGUCCAUCGUGGGAGCCUUGUACGGUUGCCGGAACCCCCAAGUCCUACAUAUCAAUGCGAAAGAGAGGCGGAAAGUCAUGAACACCUGGCUGCGACAGAGAUCUCUUAUCGAACUGGAACUGAAGAAGCCUGAAGUAGCCAGGUUUACCCCCAUUUUCAUCAGCGCCAUGUUGCUAGCAGUGGUCGAGCUAAUGUUAUGUCAAGAGGAUGGUCGUUUCCAAACAUGGCUUUCGAGAAUCUCAAUGUUUCUGAAGGCGUACAGCAAAAGCCAGCCAGCCUCCGCAUGGACUCCGUUCGAGAGAGAUUUAGUUCGCUUUUUCAAGUUUCUUGACAUUCUCUCUGCCAUCGCCCGGGUCGAAAACCCCGUUGAACCGCAAGUUCUUCCAGAGCCGUGGCCGGCGCGACCACUCAUGUUGGAACCAGCUGGUCGUGUUGUAACGGGUCCAUCUUUGGAGUCGCGAAUACUUGAUGGCCUGCUUUCCUCCAUGUGGCAAUGGGCAAACUUACAGCCAAGGGUUGUGGCUUGGAUAUCCAAAAUCGAAGCACAUAAACUCCUGCCACAGAAGGAAGCCGAUGUAUCCAAAGAGUUUAUCGACCUGAAAGUACAAGGCUUGGAUAUAGUUUGUGAAGUUACAUCAUUGCAGUCCCGUAUGAUCGCCAACCUCAUCCAGCUGUCUGAAGGGCCACAAGACGGGGUUUCUGCCAGCGUUAGUCCUUACUACAAUUGGGCCCUUACAGGGCUGUCUCACAUGUUUCAACACGAUGCGUGGCAGUCACUUAUGUGUGAUUUACCCGUCAUGUCUGAUGAGGUCCUGCAUCAGCAGGCUUUGGCUGUCCUCGGACAUGUCGAGGAGAUGAUCGAUAAACUAGGGCUCGACCUAGCCCUUUUCCUGCCAUUUGCCGACUUCGUCGGCUGGGAGAUGGUUACAGCGGCAGAGAAGCAGAGAAUGUUGAAAUUCCUCGACACCGUCCAGAGCCGUGGGUUCAAUGUGGCGGAUGAGUUUAAAGUGUACCUUUUGGGGAACUGGCAACCCAACCAACCACAGGCUUCGCAGAAAUUGCUUGGUAAAAUCAAAUGUUUAUAG